CUCCCUCCUUAAUUCUUAUUUUUCUGACGGUCGAGUUACGUUUGGGCAUAGAAUUUAGCGUCCUGUCCAGUAGCUAUCAAGUAAAGAUCCCUCACGCUAUAGAAACAGGUGAAAUAUUGGCCUGCCAUAUCGGCCGUUCUGGCUCGUAGAUUACUUUAUUUACUGUGUGUCUAGAAUCAACACAGUCUCAAAUCUUGCAAAUGAAUGUUAGAGAGGAUGAUGACACAGAAACAGAGACAGAUAGGCCAGCAGGCAAUUCCAGAACCCUGGCCCUGACGGUGUGCUCCGCUGCCAUCGGUGGCACCUUCCAGUACGGCUACAACCUCUCCAUCAUCAACGCCCCCACCAGCCACAUCCAGAGGUUCAUCAAUGACACAUACUGGGAGCGCUGGGGAACCGGCCUGGACACCUCCCAGGUGACCCUGCUGUGGACCGUGAUCGUGUCUGCCUACUCCCUGGGUGGCCUGACCGGGGCUCUUCUGGCAGGACCCAUGGCUGUCCGCUGUGGCAGAAAGAACUCACUACUUCUCAAUAACUCUUUCUUGUUCCUUGGUGCAGUCCUCGCCCUUACCAGCAGGGCGGCGAGGUCCGUUGAGAUGAUUAUUCUCGCCCGCCUGCUAGCAGGGGUCAACGCUGGGGUGAGCAUGAACGUCCAGCCCAUGUAUUUCGGAGAGAGCGCCCCCAAACACCUGCGUGGCGCUGUGGCCUUCUCCUCGGCCGUGUUCACUGCGUUCGGGAUCUUCCUGGGCCAGGUGGUGGGUCUGACGGAGCUGUUGGGUACCGAGCCCCUCUGGCCCUACCUCCUGGCCAGCAACGCCCUCCCAGGCCUCCUCCAGCUACUCACCCUGCCCUGGUUCCCUGAGAGCCCCCGCUACCUGCUCAUGGACCGGGGAAACAAGGAGGCGUGCGCCCGGGCUCUGGGAAGGUUCCGUGGUGGGGCCGACUUCAGCCUGGAGAUGGAGGAGAUGCUGCAGGAGCAGGCUGACACCGGCGGGGCCACAGCCAAGAGUCAGACCCCCUGGGACCUGUUCUCCAACCGCUCCCUCCACCCUCAGCUACGCACUGUCAUGGCUGCUAGCAGCGCCAUGAUGCUGUGUGGUAACGACUCCAUCUACUUCUAUGCCUCGUACAUCUUCUUAGCAGCAGGGAUCCCUGUGGAGAAGGUCCAGUAUGUGUCUAUCGGCACGGGGGCCUGCGAGUUCACUGCUUCCGCCGUGUGUAACCUGCUGAUUGAGCGUGUGGGCCGCAAGAUGCUCCUCAGUGGUGGAUACGCCCUGAUGGCGGUCUGGGCGCUGGUCUUCACCCUGGCCCUGACUCUCCAGGGCUACUCUGUCCCAGGGAUGCCCUAUCUCAGCAUGGCCUGUGUGUUCUGCUAUAUCCUCAGCUUCGGUAUGGGCCCUGCCGGGGUGACGGGAAUCUUGCCUGCUGAGAUCUUUGACCAGACAGCUCGGCCCGCGGCCUACAUGGUGGCUGGGUCCCUCAUGUGGAUCAACCUCUUGAUAGUAGGCAUGGCUUUUCCGUUCAUAGUGAGUUACCUCGAUGCGUUCUGCUUCAUCCCAUUCUGUUGCGUCUGUGUGGCGGCCUCUCUGUUUGUGGGCCUCACACUGCCCGAGACCAAGGGCAGGACACUGGCUGAGAUCACAGCAGCGUUUGAUAGGAGGAAUCCUUUGAAGAAGUGCCCAGUGAAGCAGGGGGCUGAGCCCAUGAAGAAGCAUUAUCAGCUGGGUAAAGCUCUCUCUCUCACCACCCUAGACCCAGAGCCCCUCUCUCUCACCGCCCUAGACCCAGAGCCCCUCUCUCUCACCGCCCCAGACCCAGAGCCCCUCUCUCUCACCGCCCCAGACCCAGAGCCCCUCUCUCUCACCGCCUAGACCAGAGCCCUCUCUCUCACCGCCCUAAACCCAGAGCAUCUCUCUCUCACCGCCCUAGACCCAGAGCCUCUCUCUCUCACCGUCUUAGACCCAGAGCCUCUCUCACCGCUCUAGACCCAGAGCCUCUCUCUCACCGCCCUAGACCCAGAGCCCCUCUCUCUCACUGCCCUAGACCCAUAGCCUCUCUCUCUCACCGCCUUAGACCCAGAGCCUCUCUCUCACCACCCUAGACCCAGAGCCCCUCUCUCACCGCUCUAGACCCAGAGCCCCUCUCUCACCGCCCUAGACCCAGAGCCCCUCUCUCUCACCGCCCUAGAUCCAGAGCCUCUAUCUCUCACUGCCCUAGACCCAGAGCCUCUGUCUCUCACCGCCCCAGAGCCCCUCUCUCUCACAGCCCUAGACCCAGAGCCUCUCUCUCACCGCCUUAGACCCAGAGCCUCUCUCUCACCACCCUAGACCCAGAGCCUCUCUCUCACCACCCUAGACCCAGAGCCUCUCUCACCGCCCUAGACCCAGAGCCCCUCUCUCUCGGCCCUAGACCCAGAGCCUCUCUCUCACCACUCUAGACCCAGAGCCUCUCUAUCUCAACGCCCUACACCCAGAGCCUCUCUCUCUCACCGCCUAGACCCAGAGCCUGGGGGGGACAGUACGGGGGUCUGAGGGUGGGUAUUAUAUUAAUGAUAUUUAAUUAUGUGAUAUGAAUGUGGUGCCUUGGUCCCUAAACCAAAUAGCCUAUACCUCCUAAUGAACUCACUGUAAUCAAGACUGCUGUUAUAAUGACAAAUUAGGGCUGUCCCCGACAAAAAAGAAAUAUUGGUCGACCGAGAGCUAUCCUGUUCUUUCGAACAAUUCAUUGGUAUAAUUUUUUUAAACUUAUUUUUCCAUAUAUAGACACACACCGUAUGUGUUUGAGUAAAAUCAACUACAUAUGCACUGAGCUUGUCCGAUGCUUUAAGCACACUGUUUGAUUAAAUAAUUUUCACACAAAAAUGACUCGAAAGAGUCCGAUGGUCACACUGUGUUAAAAAAAAAAGACAUUGAGUGCCUGUGUGACUAGCGCACGUUGUUUCGCUCUCCUCCCUACUGCAGCGAAAAGGCACCACAGCACAGCAAGUGUUUGUUGCGCUGUCCGUGCUGAAACUGCAACAUAAUUUCAGCCAUUUAGUUUGUUACUUGUUUCUGACUGAAAAGUUCUGUUACCGAAAUCCCUAAUUUGUUUACGAAAAAUAUUCCCUAUUCCCACAACCCUUGCUCUCUUUACGUGAAACAUGUAAGCAUCGCAUGCAUGUGACAAAUAGGGCCUGACCUAUAGCCUAU